CGCAUGCGCCACAAAUGUAUAACCACAAGGUCAAAGGCACGUGCGUCUACCGGCUGUCAUUCAGGAGUCUGUCCGUGGAUAGAGUUUAUCUAACUACCUUCGCGCUUGUUUGCGACCUUAUAAGAAUAAUUGGGGAUUGAUUGCGGUUACGAUCUACUUUUGGAAUGGCAAGAGGAAGUCGCAGUCGUCCUUCACCAGCACAAGCAAGUGCUCCUGCCCCAUCCUAUGCUCCAGCCCCCGCACCACCACCUCCUCCGAUGGCAAUGGCCCCUGCCAUGGCCCAGCCCAAGCAGCCAGGUCUCAUGGCCCAGAUGGCCACCACAGCUGCCGGAGUGGCAGUCGGCUCGGCCGUAGGGCACGUGAUGGGCAGUGCUAUCACAGGUGCUUUCAGUGGAGGCAGCAGCAGCAGCUCAGAGGCACCCAAACCAGCACCCACAUAUCAGGAGCCCUCACGACUUCCACCCUCUCAGUCUGGCCCAUGUCUCUUUGAGGUGAGGCAGUUUCUGGACUGUGCAACAACUCAGGCUGAUCUGAGCUUGUGCGAAGGCUUCAAUGAAGCUCUUAAGCAGUGCAAACUCUCACAUGGUGUAACAUCUCUGGUGUGAUGGAGAAUGUGGAAGAUCUAAACACUAAAUGUAGUCAAAUAAACUGUUGGUUCAGAUUCUCAAUAUUUCCAGCAGUUAAUGUGAAUUACUUAUGUUUAUAGCUGUUAAAUACACAUUGGUACUUUUGAAUGUCUGAUCAUGUAAAUGAAGUUGUACAAUUAAAGAGCUGCUAUUUAUCUUUUUUUCUUUGU